AUGUGUGAAAAUAUAGAAAACUUAAAAAACAUGGAGUGUCUAAACGGCAACGAUCCAAUGCUACCCAACUUCAACGACCCUAACGAUCCAAUGAGCCUGAACGGUCAAGAGGAGAAGAUAGCUGACUACUUCCACGAUUCUGUUAUCCUAGUCACCGGCGGGACUGGUUUCGUUGGAAAGGCACUGCUGGAGAAGUUACUGAGGAGCUGUCCAGGAAUCGACACUAUAUACGUAUUAAUGCGGCCCAAAAGAGGUCUAUCUGUUGAGCAAAGGUAUAAGGAACUAUUGAAAAAUCAGGUUUUCGACCGUAUCCGAGCGAGGUGGCCAGAACGAUUAAGCAAGCUGUACCCAAUAACUGGUGACGUCUCAGCACCGAACCUUGGAGUGAGUCCUGAACAGCAGUUGCUGCUAAAACGCUGUCACACAGUAUUCCAUUCAGCGGCGACGGUGAAAUUUACUGAACCCCUACACGCUGCUGCCGGGCUCAAUGUUCAAGGAACUGCUACACUGCUGAAGUUAGCUGGUGAUAUGCCUGUUUUAAAGGCCCUGGUUCACGUAUCGACAGCCUACAGCAACGCUCCCAGAAGUCACAUAGAGGAACGGGUUUACCCACCGCCCUACGACCCAGAGACAAUCGUCAGAUGCACGAAAAUGUUACCAGCUGCUACAUUGGACAUAAUUGCUGAAUCUUUACAGGGUGAACAUCCAAACCCUUACACAUUAACGAAAGCCUUAGCAGAAUCGAUAGUCUACAGCCACACGGAAUUACCAGUUUGCAUAGUACGACCAUCUAUCGUAACGGCAGCCUACCAAGAGCCAUUCCCUGGCUGGAUUGACAAUGUCUAUGGCGUCACAGGUAUAAUAAUGGAAAUAUCUCGAGGUACCUACCGUUCGGGGUACUGUCGGGAACGGUAUGUGGUCGACCUAGUUCCAGUGGACAUGGUUGUCAAUAGCUGUAUCCUUGCUGCUUGGAGACAGGGUUGCAAAAAGCCAGGACGAUGCCCCGUUUAUAACGUCACAUCCGGUUCAAUAAAUCCGUUGCAAUGGGGAUACUUUACCAAACUUUGUGUCAAGUGGGCGAGAGAGAAUCCUACAAAAUACGUUAUGUGGUACCCGAACUUCGCAUUCACGGAAUCUCGCUUCAUGAACACAUUCUGGGAAAUAUCUUGCCAUUUUCUACCCGCUUUCCUUUACGAUUUACUAUUAAGAGCGCAAGGACGGAAAGCUAUUAUGAUGAAACUAGCACGACGUUUCAAAAUGGCUGCAGCGACAGGUGAAUAUUUCGCUAACAACGAAUGGCAAUUUGGUAUAUCAGAAUUAACAGCAUUACACAAUGAAGCAAACGCUGCCAGCGAUUCAAGCACAUUCGCCCACUGGCCCGGACAGUUUUGCUGGGAAUCUUACAUCGGAUCUUACAUGCUUGGUAUAAGACGGUUCAUAUUGAAAGACAGCACCGAUUCGCUACCACAAGCAAGGAAUAAAUUAAAAAGAUUGUAUUGGGUACACAGAUUAUUUCAAAUGGCAACCGGAUAUUACGUCUUUAGAUUUCUGGCUGGACGUCUACGAUAAAUUAAGUUUUAAAUAAUUUUAAUUUAACUUAAUGGCUAUGUAAAUAUUUGGCAAAUUUUAUUAUCAGUC